AUUUUCUCCUUAGCCUGUUAGCACGCACAAUAGAAGACAAACAGAAUAGUCCAGGCAGUGAGGCACUUGUUAAAUUAGUUACCUUCUUUUCUAAGGCCGUGACCCUAGUCGGCCCUCCCGCCUCCGCUUCCUCCCGCCUCCUAAGAUCAGGCAGUGACGAGGACCACUUUUUUCGUGUCUAACAAAGAUGGCGGGAGUCGAGGCGGGAGUGACGCUAGGGCUGCCGCAUCUUUCUCGUCAGGAUCUCUCCACUUUGGAUGUUACCAAAUUGACUCCACUGUCACACGAAGUUAUCAGCAGGCAAGCCACAAUUAAUAUAGGUACAAUCGGUCAUGUUGCUCAUGGAAAAUCUACAGUUGUAAAAGCUAUUUCUGGAGUUCAUACUGUCAGGUUCAAAAAUGAACUGGAAAGAAAUAUUACUAUCAAACUUGGAUAUGCCAAUGCCAAGAUUUAUAAACUUGAUGAUGCAAGUUGUGCUCGGCCAGAAUGCUAUCGAUCCUGUGGAAGUAGUACACCUGAUGAGUUUCCUACAGAUAUUCCAGGCACGAAGGGGAACUUCAAGCUUGUCAGACAUGUUUCCUUUGUUGACUGCCCUGGCCAUGAUAUUUUGAUGGCAACUAUGCUGAAUGGUGCAGCAGUGAUGGAUGCAGCUCUUCUGUUGAUAGCUGGUAACGAGUCUUGUCCCCAGCCUCAGACUUCUGAACACCUUGCUGCCAUAGAAAUUAUGAAGCUAAAACAUAUUUUGAUUUUACAAAAUAAAAUUGAUUUGGUAAAGGAAAGUCAGGCUAAAGAACAAUAUGAACAGAUCCUUGCAUUUAUACAAGGUACAGUAGCAGAAGGCGCUCCCAUUAUUCCAAUUUCUGCUCAGCUGAAAUACAAUAUUGAAGUGGUGUGUGAGUAUAUUGUAAAGAAAAUUCCUGUACCUUUAAGAGACUUUACUUCAGAACCCCGGCUUAUUGUUAUUAGAUCAUUUGAUGUCAACAAACCUGGCUGUGAAGUUGAUGACCUUAAAGGGGGUGUGGCUGGUGGUAGUAUUUUAAAAGGAGUAUUAAAGGUGGGCCAGGAGCUAGAAGUUCGACCUGGUAUUGUUUCCAAAGAUAAUGGAGGAAAACUUUUGUGUAAGCCAAUUUUUUCCAAAAUUGUAUCACUUUUUGCAGAACAUAAUGAUCUUCAGUAUGCUGCUCCAGGAGGUCUUAUUGGAGUUGGAACAAAAAUUGACCCCACUUUAUGCCGGGCUGACCGAAUGGUGGGGCAGGUGCUUGGUGCAGUUGGUGCUUUACCUGAGAUUUUCACAGAGUUGGAAAUUUCCUAUUUCUUACUUAGACGACUUCUUGGUAUACGCACGGAAGGAGAUAAGAAGGCAGCAAAGGUGCAAAAGCUGUCUAAGAAUGAAGUGCUUAUGGUGAAUAUAGGAUCCCUCUCAACAGGAGGAAGAGUUAGUGCAGUCAAGGCUGAUUUGGGUAAAAUAGUUCUCACUAAUCCUGUGUGCACAGAAGUGGGAGAAAAAAUUGCUCUUAGCCGAAGAGUUGAGAAGCAUUGGCGUUUAAUUGGUUGGGGUCAGAUCAGAAGAGGCGUGACCAUCAAGCCAACAGUAGAUGAUGACUGAAAAAUCUCAGUUAAACAGUACAUUUGGAAGAAGUUGAAAGUUCAUUUAACCUCAGGGUAUAAUUUCAAAGUAGUACUGGAAAAUAUAUUUCACAACUUAUUGCCUUGUAGAAAUUGUAGGAUUAUUCUUAUUUUUAUGUAUGUGACAAAAAUUUAACAUCUAUGAAUAAAAUAAACAAUAGUUUACACACAUGUCCAAAUUAAUAUAUUGAUAGAUUUUAUUCACAGUUCAGCAAAAAUUGAUUAGUCCUAAACAGUUUCAAAUUUAUACAUCAAUUCAGAUUUGAAAUGAAACUGGUUGUUAUAGCUAGCAUUUGUUGUAGCCCACAUACUAUAUUUUACCUUUUUUGGA